ACUGAUGAAAGAGGAGCACGUCAAGAUCUCUUCUAUGCAUAAUGUCCAUUGUUUUUUCGGCAAGUCUAAGAUGUCAGCUGCCUGUUCUCCUUCUUAUUUUCCAAGGAGCCUUCAUUGCAAUCUUCAUCUUGUUUUUCAGUUUCGAAGAGCCUUUCAGCUAUUUAAAUACCUCCAAUGUGACAGCAACAGCAGGAGUAGAUGACCUGGACAUUUUCCCUCUCUUUAAGGAUGUCCACAUCAUGUUGUUUGCAGGGCUUGGUCUCAUGCUGUCCUUUCUAAGACUUUAUGGCUUUGGUGGGAUCGCCAUCAACUUUUUGAUUGCCAAUUUCUCCAUUCAGUGGGCCAUGGUUGUUCAAGGCUUCUUCUACCAUUUUAAACAUGGGAUGAUCCACCUAAGAUUGAAUAACAUUCUUGAGGCAGAGUUUGCAGCCGUCACGGCUCUCAUUUCAGCUGGGGCUGUGUUGGGACGGACCAGUCCUGUUCAGUUGAUUCUCCUCUCGGCCUUGGAGAUCCCGCUCUUUGUGAUCAACGACUGGCUGGUCAAUAAGUAUUUCCAUAUUCUUGAUAUAGGAGGCACAGUGGCCAUCCAUAUCUUCUCAUGUUAUUUUGGCUUGGGAAUAUCUCAAAUCUUAUACCAACCAUCACUACAAAGAGGACACAAGAAAGAGACCACAACCUCAAACAGUGAUUUAUUGUCCCUUCUGGGGACUAUCUUUCUCUGGAUCUUUUGGCCAAGCUUUAAUUCCGUCCUAGCAAAAACUAGAGAAGCUCAACACCGGGCCAUUGUGAAUACAUUUCUGGCAUUAAGUUCAGGGACAAUGACUACAUUUGCCAUGUCCAGUCUGGUGGACAAACGGGGCCGGAUAAGCUUAGCACAUCUUCAAAAUGCCUCCUUGGCCGGAGGAGUGGCUGUUGGGAUUUCAGCAGACCUAAUUAGCCCAGGAGGAGCAUUUAGUAUUGGGUGCCUAGCUUCUAUGGCCUGCACCCUUGGCUUUCAAUACCUAAGUCCUUUCUUGGCCAAGAAGAUCAAGUUGCAAGACCAAUGUGGAAUCCAUAACCUGCAUGGUCUGCCAGGCAUCAUUGGCACUAUUGGAAGCAUUGUGGUCAUAUUGCUUGGACCGUUUGAUACUUAUGGCUCUAGUCUACAUGAAACUCUCUACAGUAAUGGUCUGGACGAACAACCUAUUUUGGGGGUUCUGGGAAAUAGAGAGACCUGGACGAGAAAGGGCCAGGCUCUGCAGCAGGCUGCAGCCCUUGGAGUGACCAUAGGAGUAUCACUAUUUGGUGGCUAUAUCACCGGAUUAUUGAUGAGAUUGCCUUGUUUUUUUCAUCCGUUUAAGGAAAACUUUUUUGAUGACCAGUUGUAUUUCCAAGUUUCUGAAGACAUAGAAAACAAAUGGAUUUCAAAUGAGAAACUCCAGGAGCACUUGCUAGUCCCACUAAAGCAAAUAUAAAAGCCUCUUCACAUCUACCACCUUCCUGCUUGACCACGAAAUCAUUUGGCACCCAAUUAGAGUUAAUAACAUAUUAUUGUUUAUUUAAUAUAAUUAUUAGACUAUCCUGGACCUGAAGUUUCUGGUCCAGGAAGCUUAGAUUUAGGAUUUUCAUUUAGUGGACUCCUUGUCUGCAGCACUGGUAUAGAAGGAAUACUGCACUUACCUCUUCCUCUGCAGAAAUUAUCUGGUAAUGAUAUAGUAUUUCCUCUAUGUUAAUGCAGCAAGAUCCCAGCAUAUAUAUAGCUGCAUCAAUCUCAGCUCCUGGGCUUUUGCUGGUUUGACUUGACAGGUAAGGUUAAUUAUGUGAUUUCAUAGUUGUAUUUAAAGGGAACCUGUCACAUUGAACAUGGUGCCUGAGCUGCAGGCAGCAGGUUAUAGAGCAGGAGAA